CAACGCUGGCUUGUCAACAGACAUUAAACACUAAAGAAGAAGAGCUUACACGAACAGCAAUGAUGGCGGCCAUCAGUGUUGCUCGAAGCAGUUGCGGACUGAUAAAUGGUUUUAAGGUGUCCUUAAGGAGCGUGGCGCGAGUAAAAUAUGGCGCAGUAUCGGUAACAGUACCGCAGACGAGUUUGCAUCGGUCGUGCCGCUGGUACUCCGUCAGCCACCUGUCCGUUAAAGAGAGGAUUGACCAGAAGCGAGAGGCGGCACUGCAGGGGGGAGGUCAGCAAAGGAUAGAGGCACAACAUAAAAGGGGUAAGCUGACAGCCAGGGAGCGAGUGCAACUACUGCUUGACCCUGAAUCCUUUGUAGAAACGGACAUGUUUGUGGAACACCGUUGCGCCGACUUCGGCAUGGAGCAGGACAGAAACAAGUUCCCCGGUGACAGCGUUGUGACAGGCCGAGGUAGAAUCAAUGGCAGGCUCGUUUAUGUUUUCAGUCAGGACUUCACAGUUUUUGGCGGAAGUCUGUCUGGAGCUCACGCACAGAAGAUAUGUAAGAUCAUGGACCAGGCCAUGACGGUCGGGGCUCCGGUAAUCGGGCUGAACGACUCUGGAGGAGCUCGGAUCCAGGAAGGAGUGGAAUCUCUAGCUGGAUAUGCAGAUAUAUUCCUGAGGAACGUGAUGGCUUCAGGAGUCAUCCCUCAGAUCUCCCUCAUCAUGGGUCCGUGUGCAGGAGGAGCCGUGUACUCUCCUGCUCUCACAGAUUUCACCUUCAUGGUUAAGGACACGUCAUACCUGUUCAUCACAGGGCCUGAUGUUGUCAAGUCUGUCACCAAUGAAGAUGUGACUCAGGAGGAGCUUGGUGGAGCCAAAACUCAUACCACCGUGUCCGGUGUGGCUCACCGUGCUUUUGAGAAUGAUAUUGAGGCUUUGCUCAACCUGCGAGAGUUUUUCAACUUCCUGCCACUUAGCAAUCAGGAUCCCGCACCUAUCAGGGAGUCCCAUGACUCUAGCGACCGUCUGGUACCAUCAUUGGACAACAUCGUCCCUUUAGAGUCAACUAAAGCCUACGACAUGUUGGACAUAAUUCAUGCAAUAGUAGAUGAGAGGGAAUUCUUUGAGAUCAUGCCCAACUACGCCAAAAACAUUGUGGUGGGAUUUGCCCGUAUGAAUGGACGCACUGUGGGCAUUGUGGGUAAUCAGCCCAAAGUAGCUUCAGGCUGUUUGGACAUCAACUCCUCAGUGAAGGGAGCCCGAUUUGUUCGCUUCUGUGAUGCUUUCAACAUUCCCAUCAUCACGUUUGUGGAUGUGCCAGGCUUCCUGCCAGGCACAGCUCAGGAGUACGGAGGCAUCAUCCGACACGGAGCCAAACUGCUUUUUGCUUUUGCAGAGGCCACAGUCCCAAAAAUAACCAUCAUUACCAGAAAGGCGUACGGAGGAGCCUAUGAUGUGAUGAGCUCAAAACACUUGAGAGGAGACGUGAACUACGCCUGGCCUACAGCUGAGGUCGCCGUCAUGGGUGCCAAGGGUGCCGUUCAGAUUAUCUUCAGAGGAAAGGAGAACCAGGCAGAAGCAGAGGCUGAAUACGUGGAGAAGUUUGCUAACCCUUUCCCAGCUGCUGUCAGAGGUUUUGUGGAUGACAUCAUCGAGCCAGCGACAACUCGCAAAAAGAUCUGCCAAGAUCUAGAGGUGCUAGCCAGCAAGAAGCAGGUCAACCCCUGGAAGAAGCAUGCCAACAUUCCUCUGUGAAAAUGUUCUCCACACUAACACUAUGGAAAGGCAUUUGUAUUGACUUUUACAUUUCAAAUGAAAUGGGGUUUUUUGCAGACAGCAGAUCAGCAAACUCAGUUUUCACUGUUUUCUCUCACCCACCUUUAACAGUACCCCGUGACAUUGGGAGCCUGUCUAUUAGAUUUAGUUUACCACUCCACUGAAAGCAGCAAGUGAAGAUCACUCCUGAUUUCUGUUAAGUAUAAUUGAUUUUGUAUUUGGAGCACUCGCAACAAAAUCAGAAUGUGUAUCUUUACUACUUUAUAGUUUAUAUUAAAUCCCUAAAAACAUCUGAAAUAAAUGACCCCGUAGUCACACACAGUGGUCAUAUUGGCAACUACUGUUGAUAUGGCUAUCUAAGAGGCCAGAGAUUUAGUGUUAGCAGCAAAUGCAAACAAACUAAAGUUUGUUAUCAUGUGCAAUGUUUUCAGAGUUGUUCAUAUACUAUAUAUCAGCUUUUUACAGUUCGGUGCUUUCAAAAGGCACCUAAAGCAUUUGAUGUCCUCCAUUUAGGUCAAGGAGACGUCCUUACCAACAGGAACUGUGCCUUUUCUCUGUGGCAGGCUCUGUACUGUCAUCUGUAAAAUAAAUCAUGGCCUCAAUA